CGGCACAAGCAAUACUCAAGCUUUGACCCGGCAGUCUUGCGUCGAUGUGAGAGGUUAGUCGUACACCCGUCUCCACUUAAUGUCCGGUUUCUGAACCCCUCUGUCUUAUGUUCACUUGGUCGGAAAGCCCCGGAAGCAAGGCAAGAAUGGCUAAGUAGCCCCUCACCAGGGGGCGUAUAAAGAGGGGGGGCAGUCCAUUCCUGAGUAGGCAGACCAAAUUCCCCCAGACUCUCCCCACAAUCGUACCAGAUAAUGCAAUUGCUAUCGCGGUCUCCUUUAUCCCUCCUGGCCGUAGUGGCCGUCGCUGGCCUGGUCGAACGAAGCCAUGCUGGCCCCGUCCCCAACGACGCGUACCAGCAACUGAUGCAGAUCCCCGCCUCCUCGCCGUCCAUCUUCUUCAACCACAAGGAACCGUUCUCGCCGGACCAUCGCGACCCCUGGGACCACAAGGUCGAUGCGAUCGGGGAAGGCCGACAGCCCCUCCCGUGGCGGAUGGGCGAUGGGGCCUCGAUGAUGGGCCCCCGCAACAAGGACCGCGAGCGCCAAAAUCCGGAUCUCGUGCGGCCCCCCAGCACCGACCACGGCUCCCUACCCAACAUGCGCUGGUCCUUUGCGGACUCGCACGUGCGAAUUGAGGAGGGUGGCUGGACGCGGCAAACCACUGUCCGCGAGCUGGGGACGAGCAAGGAGCUGGCGGGGGUGAAUAUGCGUCUCGACCGCGGCGCCUACCGCGAGCUCCACUGGCACAUCGAGGCGGAGUGGGCGUAUGUCCUUGCCGGACAGGUGCGGGUGACGGGGCUCGACCUCGAGGGGAAGGCCUUCAUCGACGAUCUAGAGAAGGGGGAUCUCUGGUAUUUCCCCUCGGGUCAUCCGCACAGUCUGCAGGGACUGGGGGAGAAUGGCACCGAGUUUCUCCUGAUAUUCGACGACGGCAACUUCAGCGAGGAGUCGACAUUUCUGUUGACCGACUGGAUGGCCCACACCCCCAAAGCCGUCCUGGCCGAGAACUUCCGCCUCCGCCCACAGCUCUUCAAGAACAUCCCCACCAGCGAAAAAUACAUCUUCUCGGGCUCGCACCCGGACAGCAUCCCCCGAGAAAUCCCCCCGAACUUCAAACCCUCUUCGCAGCGCUUCACCCACAAGAUGCUCGCCCAGGAGCCCGAACACACCUCGGGCGGCGAGGUGCGCAUCACCGAUUCCUCCAACUUCCCCAUCUCGAAGACGGUGGCGGCGGCCCACCUCACCAUCCAGCCGGGGGCGCUGCGGGAGAUGCACUGGCACCCCAACGCGGACGAAUGGUCGUAUUUCAUCCGGGGGCGGGCGCGCGUCACCGUCUUCGCGGCGGAGGGCAACGCCCGCACCUUCGACUACGUGGCGGGCGACGUGGGGAUUGUGCCCAAGAACAUGGGCCAUUUCAUCGAGAACCUGUCGGACGAGGAGGAGGUGGAGGUGCUGGAGAUCUUCCGCGCCGAUCGGUUCCGGGAUUUUUCCCUGUUGCAGUGGAUGGGGGAGACGCCGCGGCGGAAUGUGGCGGAGCAUCUGUUUCAGGAGGAUCCGGAGGCUGCGAGGGAGUUUUUGCGGAGUGUGGAGGGGGCAGAGAAGGAUCCCAUCCGAGGGUGAGCUGUGUUGUGAGUGAAGUGCGUGGCUGGGAUGGUAGGAUCAGAAUACAUUAGAGACAUUAGUAGGUGCGUGAAUGGGUGUGGACGUAUUCUCUG